AUUCCCCGUAGGAGUAGAUAAGAGAAACGGAGCGACAGAAAACAGGAACCACACGGAAUGGUACCAUGUUGUUGCUCCCUCACUCCAUCGUCAGCCUCCAUAUCCAAAUUCAUCUCGGACCAACCUUACCUCACCAUGCUUGACAAACAUUGCACCACCAUGAGAGACCUUCGAAAGAUUCAUGCCAGCCUAAUCAAAACUGGCCUCUCAAAUGACACCAUCGCCGCUAGCCGCAUCUUGACCUUCUGUGCCUCACCCGCCGGCGACAUGAACUACGCAUACUUGGUCUUCACUCAUAUCCAAAAUCCCAACAUUUUUGUAUGGAAUACCAUCAUUAGAGGGUUCUCUCAAAGCUCAACUCCACAAAAAGCACUCUUUCUUUUCAUUGAAAUGCUAAUGUCUUCACCUGUUGAACCUCAAAGGUUGACCUAUCCCUCUCUUUUCAAAGCUUACACUCAACUUGGACUAGCCCAUGAGGGAGCUCAGCUCCAUGGGAGGAUUAUAAAAUUGGGUCUUGAGAAUGAUCCAUUUAUACGAAACUCCAUCUUACAUAUGUACUCGAACGGCGGGUGUCUUAGCGAGGCACGUCGACUGUUUGACGAAGAUAUUGAGUCCGAUGUUGUUGCAUGGAAUUCCAUGAUUAUUGGUCUUGCUAAAUGCGGAGAAAUUCACGAGUCCAGGAGGUUAUUUGAUAAAAUACCAUCCAGAAAUACGGUUUCGUGGAACACCAUGAUUAGUGGUUGUGUUAGGAAUGGGAUGUUUAUGGAGGCAUUGGAGCUUUUUUCCAAAAUGCAGGAGGAGAAUAUUGAGCCUAGCGAGUUUACAAUGGUGAGCUUGUUAAAUGCCUGUGCUCGUUUAGGAGCACUUAAGCAAGGGGAGUGGGUUCAUGAUUAUAUUAUGAAGAACAAUUUUGAGUUGAAUAUCAUUGUUAUUACGGCAAUAAUUGACAUGUAUUGCAAGUGUGGAAGCAUUGAAAAGGCUCUUCAAACUUUUGUGGCCACCCCAAAGAGAGGAUUGUCAUGUUGGAACUCAAUGAUCUUUGGCCUAGCCAUGAAUGGUUGUGAAGAAGAAGCAAUUCAUUUAUUCUCUAAGCUUCAGUCUAAGAAUUUGAAACCAGAUUAUGUUACUUUUCUCGGAGUUCUCACAGCUUGUAAUCACUCGGGCAUGGUGGAUAAAGCGAGUUAUUAUUUCUCGUUAAUGACAAAUACAUACAAGAUCAAGCCAUCAACAAAGCACUAUAAUUGCAUGGUUGAUGUAUUAUGCAGAGCUGGACUCAUUGAAGAGGCAGAAGAGCUAAUAAGAAGUAUGCCAGUAAACCCAGAUGCCAUUAUUUGGGGGUCUUUGCUCUCAGCUUGUAGGAAUUCUGGAAACAUUGAGAUGGCCAAGCGGGCAGCAAAGCAUGUGAUUGAGUUGGAUCCAAAUGAUAGCUGUGGUCAUUUGCUAAUGUCUAAUGUUUAUGCUGCCUCCAGUCAUUUUAAGGAAGCAAUGGAGGAAAGGCUUUCCAUGAAGGAGAAGCACAUUGAGAAAGAACCAGGAUGUAGUUUGAUUGAAGUCGAUGGAGAAGUUCAUGAGUUUGUCUCUGGUGGCAGGCUGCAUAACAGAGCGCCUGAGAUAUACUCAUUGUUAAAUGAACUGAGACUGGCAUUGCAAGGGAUGGAAAAGGUCUGAUAUGAGGCAUGUCCAUACAAGAUUAUUGAGCGAACUUAUGAUAGAUGAAGAACUAAAACUAAAUUGGACUUCUUUUGUUGCCCAGUCUGAGCUUUUGCCCACUGUUUUGAAUAAUCACCGGAACAAGGCCUAUUCACUAUUUUGUUUGUCAUAUUGGCUCAAUUGCCAACAUCCAAGUUACUGGUUUGGACUUCAA